AUGGAGGAUAUCUCUGAGUUCAUGCGACCUUUGCCAGACCCGAACGACCACGCCACGAUGUAUGUCCGAUGGAUGCUUGACAAUCCCGCGAGGAACAACGGUCUGGAAUUACAUGUCGGCACAGAGGAUAUUGCGUGGAAAAACCUCGCGGCAGACUUCACUAUAGUGACGGGCACAAGUGCAAUCUACAAAGAUGUCACUUUGGCCGAAUACUUUCAGCUUGGCAUUUGGCCGGACCAAGAUGUCAUACUGGGUUACUCCGCCGGCUAUGAUAACGGUUCAUUCAUGACCGUGCGGGAGAAUUAUUCCGAGAUUUGGAAUACCCGGAAAGAUAAUCUAACGAAGAGAGAUUAUCAGCUGUUGGACGAAAUUCUGCCAACCAGAGUGAAAAGCGUUAAGGAAUAG